AUGAACAACAAUCAGACUAUCGAAAAACUCAAACAGAUGCGCCUAGGGGCAAUGGCGGAGCUGCACGCGGCCCAGCUAAAGGACAACCGUACGGGCAAGAGCACGCCCGACGAGUACCUGGCCCUGCUGACCGACCACCAAUGGGAGGACAGGCAGAACAAGAAGAUCGGGCGGUUGUUAAAACAGGCAGGGUUCAAACAGCCGGCCGUCCUUGCCGACAUCGACUAUACCCAAAAUAGGAAUUUGGACAAGAACAUGUUCGAGCGUCUGACAACAUUGGAUUUUAUGACCCGUAAGGAAAAUAUAAUCAUCACCGGAGCUUCCGGGCUAGGGAAGAGCUACUUGGGACAGGCAUUGGGACACCAGGCCUGUAUGAUGCAGUACAGGACCAUCUACUCCAAUACCGCCAGACUCCUUAAAAGACUAAAACUCUCCAAAGUGGACGGAACCUAUCUCAAAGAACUGAACAAACUCUUUAAGGCGGACCUGUUGAUAUUGGACGAUUUUGGACUGCAAAGCUUCGACAACCAUGCACGGGAAGCAUUAAUGGAUAUUAUCGAUGAGCGACAUAACAAGACCUCUACUAUUAUAGCAUCACAGAUACCCGUCUCUGCAUG